CUUCAUGCGACCCGUGUUGAGCGAGGAGCUCGAGAAGCUCGUGCUCGCGAUGGUGCACCCGCUGCCGGACCUUGUCCGGUGGCAGCUCGUCUGCAAGCGCUGGCGCCGCCUGCUCACCGACCCGAUGUGGCUGCCGGCGACCGUGCUCGACAUGGAUGUGCUCCGGCCACUCUCGGCGGCGCAGUACGCAGCGCUUCUCGAGCGGUGGCGCGGUACAACGGUGCUGCAAAUGACGCUGGAGGCGACCAUUCCCCAUGAGCAGCAGUGGCAGAUGGACAUUGGCCGGCACCUCGACCGCCUCUGCGAGCUGCGCCUUCGCACUACGUCCACGAAAGCGGUCUUGGCCAUCCUCAUGCAUUGCCGGCAGCUCCACACGCUUGAACUGCUGGAAUGCCGCAGCUUGGUGCUGCCAAAACUGCCCGAACCAGUCGCGCUCGCCGUGCUGCAGAUGCACACGGCGACGCCACUCAAGUCAGCGACGCUCGCCAACUUUCUCCGCAAGUGCCCCGAGCUGAAGAGCCUCACCAUCACAGCUGGACCGGCAAUCUCAUCCAGCAUGUUGACCACGCUCGUCCAAGGAUGCACCAAGAUGGAACGACUCAUCUUCAAUCAAUGCGGGGCCGUUGCAGCACCCGACGUGGCUGCCUUUCUUACGGCCUUUGGCCACCAGCUCGUAUGGCUCGACCUCUCACACUCACGCGCAAUCGUGGGCCUGAACAUCAAUCUCCGCUCGCCACUCACGCUGAGCUGCCUCGAAGGUCUUGUCUUGGACGGCCUUCGUAUUCGCGAUGACUUUUUGCGGUACUUGGAGUGCCCGGUUCUCGGUGUCCUCUCGCUGCAAGUACGACGUUUAUAUAUACAAGUUGUUAAAUGUGACAGGGUAGAACUGUCGGGACCUUUCGGACGAGGGAAUCCGAGACUUCAUUGCCGCCGGUCCUCGGCCCACCUUGCGGGCCAUCGAUCUCAAGAACACCAACAUUUCCGAGACGACCGUGACGACGAUUGAGCGUAUGUGCCGUGGCUUGACUCACUUGGGCGUCGAGUCGUGCCGCAGCUUGCCACGAGCGAUGCGGCAGCGCCACGCUUUGCAAGCGCACCUGCGCCCUUCCGCUUACGAGCGGGUCUUGGUCGCGACCAACACAGUCUCCAACCCCAACGUCCGCGAGCGACGGCUCCUCGGGGUCGAGUCGGGUGACGACGACGACUACGUGGGGCCGGGCGACGAUGACGAGGACGCGCCACUCGAGCAGCCAACACUCCACAGUAGCAAGCGGUCGCGCCACCGCUAAGUUCUCAGAUUUUCGAUUGCAUGAACAUCUAUAUUCGAGUAUGCUGUGGCUUGAUGGCGCG